GGUGGAGGAGAAGGGAAGGUAGAAUUCCUGGACAGGAAAGGCAAGCGCCCCAGAUCCGGGGAGGAUCCGGGCGGCCGAACCCAACUUCUGGGCUAACUGAAGAGGCGUGGCAGGCGCGAAUCUUAGGGUAACGUCGGGUUACGUCCAUCUUCCCACGUGAGACUAGGUAGGCGUGACUUUUGUGUCUUUGGGACAGUUUAGCAAAUCACUGUAGAAGAGAGCGGACGCGGCAGGUGGCAGCGCGCGCAGCAAAGCGCGGCGACAUUUCCCAGUAGACGUAAAAGGCGGAAGAUUCCUCGGCCAGAACCCAAAUCAAAGUCACGAGACUGAGGAAAGAGCAGCUCUAACACGAUGCAACCCAGGUGGAGCGCGCCCGGCGGCCCUGGGGUCCGGGGCGGGCGCGACCCGGGCCCCAGCCCAGCGCAGGCGGCCUCGCCUAAGCCCUCGAUCAAGCCCCUUGUUCUCGUUUGGAUGUUGCUGCUGGUCCAGGUUGGGCCAGCCACUAGCUCUAGAGCUUUUGCCCCAGCUACCCUGAGGAGGAUGGAAUUGGUUCUCUUUGAAGAAUCGUGUCAAGCAGGCUACUACCGAGCUCCUGAGACUGGGGCUUGCAGGGAGUGCCGGGAGGGUGCGGACUUCACCAACCAUUCCAACAACCUCUCUUCCUGCUUCCCCUGCAGCAGCUGCAAAGACGAUAAAGAAGAGAAGAGCCCAUGCACCACAACCAGAGACACGGUGUGCCAGUGCAAACCGGGCACUUUCCAGGAUCCAGAGUCCCCUGAGUACUGCCUCAGAUGCACCCGUGGAUGCACCAAUGGGCUGGUGGAGGAGAGUCCCUGUGUCCCCUGGAGUGACCGCAAAUGUGUCCACAAAGAAUCAGGUACCAAGGCCACCAGGGAAACCCCAGCUUCUGCAGAGCCGGUGACAGGCAACCCGAGCACUACCUCCUCUCCCUGUCCUUCCUCAGCCUAUGCAGUCUACAUAGUCAUAGGCGUUGUCCUGGCUGUGGCUGUGGCUCUGGUGAUUCUGUGGAAGUUUGCGGUGUUGAGGAGACUGUGCGCUCGUGCGAAGAACAUUUUACGCUGUGGACGACACUGUGAGCGCCUGAACUUAGUCGCACAACAUCCCCCAGGAGGGCCUGAAGCUCAGGACAAUGACCACAAUGAGAACCUAAGCAACAGGAACUCAUCAUCCACCCUGGAGCAGCACUUGGAGCAGCAAAGGGACAGACAAAAUCUGGGGACAGUUGUCGCUGAAGAGUUCCCAGGGGAGGUAACGAGUCUACUGAGACCUGCAGAAACGGAGCCUUCUCGGAGGACGAGGAGGCUGACUCCAGCAGAUGGGACCGACACCCGUGAGACCCUAUUGCAGUUUUUCAACUGCCAGCAGAACGUGAUACCCUAUCAAUCCUGGAACAAGCUCAUGCGCCAAUUGGGCCUGACCAAUAAUGAGAUCCAAGUGAUCAAACGGGAAACAGAGGACCCGGGAGAUGUUUUGUACCAAAUGAUGGUGAAAUGGUUCAACAAAAUGGGCCGGGAUGCCACCAUCAACAGCCUGCUGGAUGCCUUAGAAAUACUAGGGGAGAGGACUGCAAGGGAGAAAAUUGAGGAGUACAUGGUGAGAUCUGGAAAAUUUAUCUAUCAAGAAGACGGAGCAGACACUGCUGAGUCCUUUCUUUAGAAAGACAGAUGUUCCUUCCUUUAUAUUUGCUCUCCAGAAGAAGCAGUGGAGAGCUUCCACGUGACAGGUCUGGAACUGUUUCUUCUUCUUUUCCAGUUCUUGUGCACUUGAAGAAUGAAACCCACAGACCAGGGAGAGUGAACGCACGGGAGUAGACCUGCACCACCAGAGGGGACUGAUAGAUGUCUCCCUUCCAGUGUGCUAGUCUAGGAGAUCACACAGCAUUUGGUUUGCUGCUAUUGGUCCAAACUUACACUACUUAGGUUUGGAAAAAGUCCCAAACUUAUGCUAAUUGGGACUUGAAAACUACUAGUGAUUAACUAAUUCGUCUUCCCUUUUUUUUUUUCUUUUAGUUGUAGAUACAAAACCUUUUGUUUAUUUUAGGAUCAAACCUAGUGCCGCACACGUGCUAGGCUAAGCCCCCAGCCCCAGCCCCGGCCCCACCCCCACUUUUGGUUAAUUCUUGAAUCCCAGCUUCCAUUCAUGUCUAUGCAACUUCAGCCCUGGGUGGGGCCGAUUGUUAUGUAUGUCUAUGUUUACAUAAAUGUUAACUUAUUUCUGAUGUUA